GUUCGUGUUAGUUUGCGUCGUCGCCGGUCCAAUCCCUCCUUAGAAGUACCGAUACUUGCUUUCGCCAAGCUUCAAGCUUCAGUCAACAGUCCAAGUUAUAACUGUGCUGCCAAGUGCCACAUCGUAAACACAAUACAAAACAACACUAUAUUUUAAACAAAAACCCUUCAACGUUUGAUCAAUUUCAUUUUAAAAUGCGUAAAAUAAGAUCUGGGGUGAAAUAGGCGAGUUCGAUAUAUUAUUGUAUUCUUAUCGCGGCAGAGAAGAGGACAGCUUUAAACUGUAUAACUACUGUGUUAUCUUCCCUGUGCGAUGUUGGGGGAAAGUUUUGGUUAACAAGUUGGAUCUGAUCGUCUACUGGGACUUAUUGCGAAUGUGUAUUGAAACGUUCAUCGCUAUCCACGGGCGCACUGCUAUGCGCCACGAUUUGGUGCAUUUUAUAAGACAUACAUCCUCUGAUCACUACUGCGAAGGAAGACUUUAGUUACUGAGACAGAUCGCUAUUGAUGGCGUUACUGAACAAUCGCGGUGAUUGGUAUUUGUAUAUUUGGCUUAUAUAUCGUAAAAUCUAUUCAGCUGUUAUAUGGUUACUUGGCAAUCAUUGUCGAAGUGAUAAGAGUCGGUCUGUGAUAAGCGCCAGUGUCAGCAGCCAGUCGAUUGGAGGCCUCCACAGAGUGCGGACGCGUCGUAGGAAAUCACAGCAGCACCGUAUUAAGCAUAUCGUCGCACUAGUGAGGAGACCUUCAUUGAGAAGAAUAGUAAUGGCACCAGGACCGAGUACUGCACAUGCCAUGAUGGAGGACAAAGAAAAAACUCUUUCAAAUGUGACGAUGCGUAGACGUCGUAUCAGUCAAUUCGCACCGCUGCUGAUCGCUCUGGUGGGCUUGCCUGCACGCGGCAAGAGCCAGCUGGCGCACCGCUUGUCCAGACAUCUCAACUGGAAUGGGGAGAGCACUAAAGUUUUUGACUGCAGCGAAUAUCGUCGUCGCCACAUGGCACUUUACGGCAGCCAUGACAUCUUUCGCGCGGAUAAUCAGCAAGGCUCUGCAAUCCGUCGUCAGAGCGCACGCGAGGCCGUGCAAGAUGCUGUGCUGUGGCUCAAAGAUGGAAACAGUGUUGCUAUUUUCGAUGGCACAAACAUAACAAGGGAGCAACGUCGGGAACUAAAUGAUUACUGUAUCUCUGAUAUGGGCUUCAGGAUAUUGUUCAUUGAAUGCGUUUGCGAAGACCAAGAAUUACUUGAAAGGAAUAUAAUUGAGAUUCUCCACUAUUCCGCUGACUAUAAAACUAUGAGCGAGGAGGAAGCUAUAGACGACUUAAGGAAGAAAUUGGAACACUACAUGCGUCAAUAUGAACCGAUCGAUGCGAAUUUAGAAAGCAACAUAAACUUCGUACGCGUCGAAAACAUGGGCGAAACAGUAACAGCUCAUAAGGUUUCAGGUCAGAAGGAAUCGGGAAUUCUCGGUUAUUUGUCAGGAAUGAGAGCCUUGCCACAGACUUUAUACUUCACUCGGCACGGGGAGAGCGAAUACAACGUUCUCGGUCGUAUCGGAGGGGACGCAGCGUUGUCCCCGCGUGGAGAGAGCUACGCCCAUGCGCUCGCGGAACACCUUAACGGGCUAUCCGUGAGAGAACCUCUUACUGUAUGGACAUCAGAACUACGACGCACGAAGCAAACUGCAGCUGAAAUUUUGGCGCCCAAAAGAUCCAUCCGAGCUCUCAAUGAACUGGACGCUGGUAUUUGCGAAGGGUUGACCUACGAGGAAAUGCAAGAGCGUUUCCCACAGGAGUUCGCAUGGCGUGACCAGGACAAGUUGCGCUACCGGUACCCGUGGGGCGAGUCAUACAUUGAUAUAAUGACUAGACUGCGUCCGGUUCUGUCAGCUUUGGAGGAUGAACACAACGUGGUUGUUGUGGGACACCAGGCUGUGUUGCGUUGUAUGCUGGGAUACUUCCUUGAUGCGAAGCUUGAUGAGCUUCCCUACAUGAAUGUACCUCUGCACACAAUCGUGAAGUUAACAUCAUACGGAUACAAAUACAAAGUCGAGAUGAUAAAGUUGCCUAUAGAAUGUGUGGAUACUCAUCGUAAACAGCCUAAGAACUGCUCAAUCAACCGCAGCACAGCGGACGCGCUUGUCACAGUACCAUCGCACUACGAUACACUGCCAUCAAAUCUCUGGCAAAAUACAGAAGCACAACUUUAGGCCAUCGGCCGGGCUGCGGUCCGCUAAAUUACCAAAUCAGCAUUAAUACUGGGUUACCCAAUCCCCAGUGUGGAAAGGCCCGAGGCCAUAUUCGCAGUUGUGACAGACCGCGAAUGAAGAUGUUCAGAAGCCGUGUAGCGAUCAUCAAACUAUCUGUGUCUCGUUUCCUCGCCGUAUGCGAGAGAGUGACGGAUGUAUAAUGAACGUUGUUUUAAACGAUUGCAAGACUGAAGGAUCAUCCGAAACGUCAAUGUAGUUUAAAUCGAUUUGUGUUCUUAUUUUAAUGUUUAAUUUUCCUAAUUAUAUCAAAAUUAUAGUUAUCUUCCCUUAAUUAUAUCGAUUGUAAGAAUAUAUUUUACUUUAAGUUACAGAUAUGUUAGUGAAGUAAAAUUAUUUUGUCGAUUUAUAUCAUAAUAUGACAAACAAUUUAAUGUUUUAUUACGUAGGUAUUUUGUAAGUAGUAUAUCAUGUCAAUUGUAUGUUAAAAAGCGCGUUAAUGUACAAGCAAUUGAAUUAAAUACAUCUUUUAUCGUACCUACGUGUUAAAUUUCUCAAUGUAUAAUUUGUACGUUUCUACUGCGUCUGUCGUACUUUUUAUUGGACUCGAGCCAAUGCAUGAACUGGUCACGAGCCGAUUGUAUACUGUACAUCGCAUUUAGGCUUUAGAAAAUGCCACUUCAGUCAAUGUAUAAAUAAAGCAGUUUUGUAUCAAAUUUAAUAUACAUAUUAUAAAAUAUAAUCAGAUGUAUAUAUUGUUUGUCAUAAUAACAUACAUUUUAAAAUUGAACGUUUGUUACUAUUUCUGUAUUAUACAGAUCAUAUCAUCAUUAAUUAGGUUAAGGUUAUAGUUAAGAUAAUUAAAUACAAAGAGAUUUGAUUGCGAUUGCUUGCAAUUGUUUCAUGUUUUACCUAUUCCAUAUAAUAAAAUUAGUCGAGAUAUGCUCAAAGAAGUUACUUAAAAACAAUAGAAAAUAGACAUCUGCACGUGUAUCCUUGUAAAUUAAU